CCGUUGUUAUGAUUGGCUAAUUUAGCAUUUUUCUGACGAGCAUAAAAGUUGCAGCAACAUAUAACCUCGUUUUAUUUUCUUCUAAUUAAGAGACAAACUAUUUUGUGAGCAACCAAGUUUUUUUUGUCAUUGCAGCAAGUUAUCAAAAGUGGUAUUGCAUAUAUUUUCUCGUAAUAUUUCUCAAAUACAUUUCGAUCUCUACUUUUUUUUACUCAACUUAAAGUUGAACCAAUACUUCUACUUGUCUGCUGUGCUCAUAAAAGCACAAUCAAAUUCUUAAAUCAAAUGUUUACUCUUCCAACAAGAGCAUCAAUACUUGAUACUAAAACUACGGUACAUUGUGGUAUCGAUGAAAUGCUCAAGUCCAAGCCAACAGGGCAAACUGUUCAUUCAGCACCAUGGACAGCACCACGCGAACCCAAAGCUGACAUUCAUGAUUUGGUGCUGAGUUUCGGUGAUCUCCUUGUGCUUGCACAGGCUCAAAACAUGGAUGUUAACUUUACAUUGAGUCCAGAUGACACAUUUUUGAUCCAGAAAUGUUAGUUCCUCUAAAAAAAAAAAAAAACACACACAUUCAUUUGGAAUCAGACUUUCACCUGGAGGAAGUUUCAAGUGAUUAAAGUGUGAUGCCAGUAGUUUUAAAUAUUGAAUUGUUUCACAAUAUUCAAAUUUCUCAAAAUAUAUAUAUUUCUUUUUAUUUUGGAAGGAGCUUGCAGCGCUUCUCAAUUUUUUUCCACCACCUUAAGGACUAACAUGAUUCUAGUGAAGUGGACCUACAUCAAAAAUAUGACAUAGGUUUUACUCCAAUAGUGCAUGAAAUAUUAUUGUAAGCCUAAAAAAAAAAAAAAGACUAAAAAAUGGAAUGGUACUUUCAAAUAGGAUGAAAAUGGAAGGGAAGUGCUUGGAAAUUACGGGAGUGACCCUAAAAAAUGGAAAAUACGGCACUGAGCGGCAAAGUGAAAAGGAAAUUAGUAGCUGCGAAAGCGCCUGAGGGCAAAGUGGACUCAUGUCCCCUGUGGCUACGAGCUUUAGAGGCCAAGAUGAAUUCAGCUUGACUGACUGCUCUUCCUUCACAUUUUGAUGUUUUUUUUUUUACAUGCUCGAGGGGGAAGGAUGAGUAUAAAAACUGCCGGUGAAGCGGUCGUCACCCGUCGAUGAUCCCAGCAUGAACCCGGGAACUUUCUCCGGUUCCGGUCCACUGUCCUUGGCGAUGUUCUUGAUGAGGAAAGGCCGAUCGGGCAGCGAACUCUUUGACCCCUGCCCCGGCCGGCGCUACACUCCCCCGUCCACCACGCUCGCCUCGGGGGGAAAGAUGGCCGAGGCUCUGGGUGCCCAGGAGGCCGGGGGCGGAGCAUCCCUGGUGGGCAAGCUGCGCAUGGCCGACCGUGACAUGCUGCUUUCAGAUCAUCCGGGCGAGCUUGUGAAGACGGACAGUCCCAACUUCCUGUGUUCAGUGCUGCCCACACACUGGAGGUGCAACAAAACCCUGCCUAUUGCUUUUAAGGUGGUUGCCCUCGGCGAGGUCCCUGACGGAACCAUGGUGACGGUGAUGGCAGGCAACGACGAGAACUACUCGGCAGAGCUCCGUAACGCCACGGCCGCCAUUAAGAACCAAGUGGCUCGAUUCAAUGACCUGCGCUUCGUCGGUCGCAGCGGGAGGGGCAAAAGUUUCACCCUGACCAUCACAGUGUUCACCAAUCCCUCCCAGGUGGCGACAUACCAGAGAGCCAUCAAAAUCACAGUGGAUGGGCCCAGAGAGCCGCGACGUCAUCGCCAGAAGAUGGAUGACAUCAAGCCCGGGUCGUUGGCCUUUUCCGAGAGACUGACAGAGCUGGAGCAACUGAGGCGGAGCUCCAUGAGAGUGACUCCCCCACACCACCACCAUCAUCCUCAUCAUCAUCAGCCCUCCGGUUGUAACACGCGUCAGUCCACGGCAGCGGCCGCAUUGCACUCGGCCACGUUCUCCAGCCCCACCCACACCCAGAUGGCAACUGAAGGGCGACAGAUGCAGUCAUCUCCAUCAUGGUCCUACGACCAAUCCUAUCCCUAUCUUGGACAGAUAACCACACCUAGCAUCCACUCGACCAAUCCCCUUUCACCAAGUCGCUCAUCGCUAGGCGAGCUGUCCUCACGUCUUACAGGUCCCGACCUGGCCGCAUUUAGUGACCCGAGGAUGACCUUGGAACGAUCGUUCACCUCUGUCCCCUCCUUGCCAGACAGCCGCUUCUCCGACCCGCGGGUCCAUUACCCCCCCACGGCUGCCUUCACUUACACCCCUCCGCACAAUCCCGUCUCCAACGGCGCCAUCGGCAUCACCAUGGCGACAGCGAUGGCCACCACACCUGGCGGUCGGUAUCACACUUACCUGCCGCCUCCGUACCCGACCAAUACGCCGCACCAGGGCCAGAACAGGCCCUUCCAGUCCACCUCUUCGCCGUAUCACGUGUACUACUCCACGGCGGCGGGCUCGUACCAGUUCUCCAUGAUGGCCGGGGGAGGUGGCGGCGGCGAAGCUCGUUCCCCGCCCAGAAUCUUACCGCCUUGCACGAACGCUUCGACAGGCUCCCCGCUCCUGCACCCGUCUUUGCCGAAUCAGAAUGAGGGCGUGGCUGUGGAGGUGGAGUCCAGUCAUAGUAGUUCCCCGGCAAACGCCGAGGCUGUCUGGAGACCUUAUUGACGGGGAUCGACAAAUAUUUUCAUCAUCACAAGGUUUUGAUGGCAAUGUGAAGGUCAGCAGCUCUACCGAUUUGCAGGACUGCCCGAUCGCAGAGGUUAAAGGUCAUAUUUGUACAUUUAUAUUUUCAGAAGAUCUUCUAUUACAGUGGUGCAGUGACUCUCCAUUUAACCAGGCUUGUUACUCAUGUCACUUGAGUCUCAAAUCAACUUUUGCCCAUUCGAACAAAUGGAAAUUAUAUGAAUCCGUUCCAAAGUACCAAAAAGUCCAAACCUUCCUUACAAUAUGUUGUAUGCGGCCCCAAAAGUCUAAACGCGGUAUCCUGAUUAAUAUUGCGUUUUUGGAAGAAGAAUUAAAAAAAGAAUAAUCCAGCCGUUUUCAGACAAGCAAGUUUAUGGCUGUGGUGAGGGAGGACAUGCAGUUUGCUGCCGCCAUCUGGUGGUCACAUUUUUGCUCAUUAAAAUAAAAUGAACGACGUGACAGCAAGUAGCUCUAAAACGUGCAAGUCGGGGUUCUCGUAGGUCAAGGUACCACUGUCGUA